UUCACAGUGGUAGAUAUAGGCUAUCUAUACACGGACAGACAGAUGCAAUUGAAGCAAGGAAAUGAUAGAGAACAUUUGGCAGAUAUAUCCUAAUGCUGGAAUGACUGAAUGAUGUGAAGGGAUGAGAAAUUACUGAACUAGCAUCGGUGAUAUUUAUUUUAGCAGUGUUCUGGUUGCAUUGAUUCAACACAAUUUUUAAUGGUAUGGAUUAUAAACCCACUAUAACAUAUUCAUUUUCUGAAAGUGGAGAUGAAAGUCUUUUCCUGACACUUUCUACUCAUCUGUGCAAAAUAUUGCAAAACCAUCCUGUAAAAUGGAAAAGAUCCUAUGGUCGAAAUCCUCAUCAACUAUCUCUUGAUGUCAAGUUUUUACCUUUAACAACAGCACUAUUAAAAAGAAAUGAUCUCGUCACAAGACCCUAUUUUCAUGUGUUUUGGACAGAUUGUAAUGAUGUUGAUUUUUAUCGAUCGUCUGUCAAGAGUGAAAUUGCAUCAUGGUUGAGUGAAUUAUUUGGAAAUGAUAUAUUUGACUGGUUGAUCGUCAUUGUAGCGGGUGAUGCAUCAUCAAAAUCUAAUAAACCGAAGUUGGCACUACCGCGAACAACUCUGGCAGACAAGAUAAAAACUGAUUUUUGUUCAAAAAAUCCAGACAGACUAUAUGUUUUGCAAGAUCCAAUGAAAGAUUCGUCAAAAGCAACUGAUUCUUGGUCAUCAUUAGCAGCUAAAAUUGCGUCGUUUGCAGUGUUAUGUCUAGAAGAUGCUGUUACUAAAUAUGAAGACAGAGUGAGAUCAGAAAGGGAGAGAAGAAAUGAAAAAUCAUGGAAUUUUUGUAGCUAUUUUAUAAUGCAGGAGGAACUUGCAUUUAUGUUUGAAAUGCUGUCUCUCUAUGAAGAAGCUCUAAUACAGUAUAAUGAAUUGGAUGCGAUGUUCACACAAUAUCUUCUCAAUGCUCAUGCAGGAGAUGUUGCGCAUUGGUUGUCAAGCUUUACUCGUCCUAUUACUCAGUGGCGUUCAUUAUCACUAUGGAGGCGCAUUGAUGGGGAAACUAGACAAAUGUUGGUGGAAGAUACUGCUACAUUAAUAGACAUUCGAAAUUAUUUGUUUGCACGACACUAUCAUCUACUAGUUGUCAUUGGAGAUUUAAAAAGAGUCACAGAACUAAUGCACACAUUUCUACAUUCUACAACGUUGGAACUUGAUAUUCUGGAGGUUGAAUUACCAAAUGGUGCAAAGGAAUGCUGGGCAUUCAUGAGUUGUAUGGAGUUAACGCAGAGUUUGAGUAGAAUUUGUAAACAAUUUCAAGAAUCAACUGUUCAAGGAAGUGAUGUUAAUUCAGGCAUGAUCAUGAAAAUGACCAGUGAUGAAUUAAGAUUACAAAUUGCAAAUUUAUGGAAUUUAGCAAGGCGAAAGCUUUUCAAGUUGGGAGAAUUGUGUGGUUUGUCACCUGGAAAUGAAACAAGUUCAGAAGAUUUACAAACUGUUGUCAAUUUGAUAUCAGGGAUGGGAGAAGAAGAGGAAAGAGAUGGUCUAGUUAAAACGUCAUCUCUGAUAUUGAGAGAAGCAUUAUCUUCCAAAGAAAACUUCCGAACUCAAUAUCUUGAAUUAUCAGAAUUGGCUAUGGGAACAUUUAAGCAUAUGGACAGAUAUAGAUCUGCAAGAAACAUUGGGAAAGAUCUAGCAGAAUUUUAUAUGAAAUCCGAUCAACCAGAAAAGGCAGAAUCAUUUCUUCUGGAUUGUGUUCGUAUGUAUCAAAAUGAAUCAUGGCCACUUUUGAUAACAGAUGCCAGUGAAAAGUUGGCAAAUUGUUAUAAACGUCUGUGCAAUGUUCGUAGGUAUGUUCGACUCUGCUGUGUUUUAAUGUGUGAUCAAUAUUUAUCAGAAGAAAAACAACUUUAUUAUUGCAAUGAACUUCAUUCUAAUUCAACUGAUUUCGGAGAUAACAGUUUACCAAUAAUGUUGACAGUGUUUGCCAAUGUAACAUCCGUUCAAUUUGUUCCUGCCCAAACAACCUUUCGAUACAACUCAAAACAACAAAUUGUAUUGCAUGUACAUUCAAAAGCACCAAAAAAUAUGCAAUUUAAAUCUGUGCAGUUGGGUUUAAGAAGACAUGAAAACCACGAUGCAGAUGAGAAUUUAGACAAAUCUGCUGGUUGUAUUACAUUAGAAGAGCAAGAUGAAUUUGAUGCUUUCUCCUAUGGCACUUUUUCAUCAGAUGAAGAGACUGAAGGUGAAGCAGAAUCAGCAAUUAUCACAAGAGAUAAAUCUUCUGAUUCCAUCAGUAACCACAUUAAAGCACAAACUCCAAAGAAUCACAUACACCGAAAACGAUUGAUAUCAACUACUAGUUAUGACAUAAUAAGUACAGUCACACAAACAACAAACUUGGGCCCAGACGGAUCAGUGCAGCUUGUGACUUUGGAAAAUCCAUUCACAUUACAAUCAAAAUAUGUUGCCAACAAACUACCUCCCGUUAUCCAUAUUGCAUAUGAGCUUGAAGAAAAGGAUGACGAAAUAUCAUGGGCAGGCAUUACCUGCCGAGCUGCUAGGAAUUUACUACGACGGCAAGACAGCUGUCAAUCUUUAACCAGUAUUCAUUCAAGUAUGACAAAUAUUGUCAUGGAAACAUACAACCAUAAUUUAGAAGUGAAAGAUGUUCUCAUCCGACCUGGAAAUAAUAGCAUUGUAAUAGACAUUGAUACUUCAAAAACAGGGCAAUACACUUUGAGGCAAAUAAUAUUUUCAGUCAACAGUCUACAUUUUAUAUUACCGAGAAUAUUACCCGUUAUUUCAUACAGUGUUACAAGGGAAAAACCAACUCUAGUAUUGGAACACGAGCCGAGAUUACUCUGCAAUAUUGAACAGGUUAUCACUGUUGUGUUAUCAUUGGGAGAUUAUCAUAUCGACGCAUCAGAUAGUGAUCAAAUACUUGUGAUAAAUUUACCAAAACAACUGAAAAUAUGUAGAAUUGAUUCACUUACUGUUCAACUUGAAGAUGGUACCAAAACUGAUCAGCCUUUGCCAAAUAUAAAAAGUGAAGGAACAACAUGCUCGAUAACUCUUUUGUCAAAUGUUCCAGUACAUUCCAAAAUAUCAAUAAAUAUUAUAUGUAUUUGUGGACAAUCUAUCACAGUCCACGAUUUGGGUUUCAAGCAUCACCGGCGUACACAAAGUGCCCCUCCGACAAUAAUUCAUGAAAAAUUAUUGAAAGAUUGUGAUGACACUGACAGUAUUAAUGGUGAUGCUGCCAAACAGGGAAAUAAAGAUGACUUAUCGGUUCGUGUUAGCAGAAUACCUCAUUCACCAUCAAUCAGAAGAGACAAUCGUGGUGGCGAAUCACCUGUUAAAAAGUUUUUAUCUUUUGUGCGUGAAGUCGCAGAUCGUGUUGAAAGUAAAAAUGCCAAAUCAGAGGAAAGCAACAAUGUCGUUCCCUCACAGCCAAUUAUUGUUGUUAAAGAUGACUUUUUAGAAGUGACAUUAGACGAUCCAGCAGAAAUUGUACAAAAUACAACUCUUGCCAAAUGGUUUAAUUCUGAUAAGGAUAAAACACCAAGUAUUUCAUCGAACACUGAAAAAUCAUAUUCAGACAACAAUAAGGAUAUCAGUGAAAACAAUAAUCUACAUCUGGAAACUAUCAGCCUUAACAGCCUGUCUCCCUCAAAGAGGUCGACUAAAUCAUUCGGCAAGCGUAGAACGUCCAAAUCUCCUGCUCAUCUUCCACAUCAGCAUGACAAUAUGUUUGCAGUACUUGAGGAAAUUGAAUGUGAUGAUAAUGAAGUUUUAUGUAAUGUUUCUUUCGAUCUACCAUGGAAUGAUUUGCCACGUAUACCCACUUGUGUGACUUUCAAUAGAUUGUUUGAAUUUUCUCAUAAACUGCAUUGGACUCUAGAAAAAUGUAACAGCUCGUCAGAUUUUGUUGUGAUGAUUUCUGUGAAUGUUCGGGUCUUGUCACCUUGUUCUUUUUUGAUUAAAAACCACAGUUUAAAGUUUAAUAAUGGUGAAAAAGUUUCUAUAACACAAUUAAAUGAAGAAGAUAAAAAGAUAAUACAGCCUGCACAAGAGAUUAAUUUCGGGUGGAAAGUUGAAUUUUUAUCAUCAAUUCCUCCUGAAUGUAAUGCACAGUUUGAUAUGGAUAUUGUAGAUACUAAUCAAUCUUCUUCAAGGACUCCGGCGGUUUCAUAUAAAUUUGAAAUUGGGCAUACACGGACUAUAUACACAAUAUCGACACAAAUUGGUGAAGGUUCAAAACUUUUUUGUGGAAAUAUGGCCAAACUGGAGAUGGUUGUGAAACGUCUUCGCAGAGAUAAUGAACAUGAACAUACAAGAAGUGGACAACAACUUCUUAUGUAUCACGUUGUUGAUACUCGUGGAAGAUGGGCAGUUUGUGGGAAAAGUACUGGUAUUCUGUCCCUACCUGUUGCACAAGUUGAUGGGGUGGAAUGUACUGCUUCUCUUGAAAUAAUGCCACUCAUAGAAGGACUACUACAUCGACCAAAUGUUAUUUUACAGCGAUAUCUGAAAAGAAGAUCUAGCGAAUUUGAUGAACAGCUGAGUUCUACAGAGAGUCCAGUUUUAAAGCCGCCACGUUUAAUGGACUUCAGACGAGGUGAAGUUUUGAACCUGGAUGAAUUCAAACAAGUUGAAGUGUUGGUACCGUUUGAACUCGCAGAGGACAAUGGAAUUGAUAAUACACAUCCUAAUUUAUCAAGUAAUACAAAACUAUAGUAUUAUUA